AUGGCGCAGACGCAAACCCCAACCUUUAUCAACCUCCCGCCUCCGGGCUCCAGACCAGAGACACCCUCUGAGAUGCCCGGUACUCCUACGAGCACCACAACCUCCCUCUCCGCCCUGUCCACUACAGCCAUCAAAGACGGCCAUCGCGGCCACUUCCUCCAGGGUCCCCUCGGCAGAGGCCACCAGCACAACCCUUCCACCACCAGCCUCGAGGCUGAGCGCGCCGACCGCAUCUCCCGACUCGCCGGCCUCGAGCGCGUUGCUACCCUCCGACCUCCGACCCAUGCGCCUCCUCCCGGCGCAUCCUCCGCUUCGCCGCAAACCACCCCGACCUCGACGACCGGCUUCCCUCCCAACUACCCUGCGACCCAGCGCCUGACUCCCGCCUACUUUGAUAGCAAUGGACAGCCUGUUGCUGUCACCAAGAUGAGUACUGUUGGUACAGCCAGUGCGACCGAGAGCCACAUUGGCGAGGGCGAUGAUGCGCGCACCACGGGCGGCGACCGCGACGAGGAUAUGCUGAGCACCGAUACCAAUUAUCGUGAAGCCGAUUCAGUCACAAGCAUGGGGGGUUACCCUGAUGCCAUGGAUGAGGAUUUUUAUGGUACCGCAACUCGAUCCGUAGGCGGCUACGAUGAUCGAAUGAGUGAUGACGGUUCUGCAUCUCUGGUGGGCUUUGGUGAAGGCGCUGGCAGCACUGUGUCUGGGCCCAUCUACCACCGCCGACCAGCCCCUCAAAUCUGGGGUCUGGAGAGGACAAACUCGGGGCUCAGCGAUGCCCGGCGCGAGCGCGAGCGCGAUACUCAUAUGGGUGGUGACACGCCUGUGAGCAUGUCUGCCCUCCAGGAGCGCCGUGAUGCCCGGAUGGUAGAUGGUGUGGCCACCGACCCUAACCCAGGACAAGGUGCUGAGAACGAUUCCUUCGUUGACACAACCUUCCGAGGGCCCGUGCCGGCGCAGUCACAACCCAGUGCCGGUCACGAAACAGCCGAGAGGAUCGUCCAGCAGCGGCUAGACAGAGGCGAAACCAGAGCACCAGCGUCGGGUCUGGUAGGGCCUGGUCGAGGUGGUGAGCCUCUGGGCAAAUUCUACUUUGAAGGCGAGAAGCGUGAUGAUUGA